CCUUGGAGUUGAACAUUUCUUGGGUGCAUUCUUAGAGUUUUGUGAGUCCGCGCGUGUAUAGUUUCUGUGCCCGUGCCUGUGCCUGUGCCUGUGCGUCUUUGCCGGGGGAAGAUGGAACGGCCUGCCCUGCUGCAGAACGGGGAGCACGGCGGUGUGGGAAGCCUGGAGACGAAGUCGACCACCAGGCUGGUGCCCAAGCCCUUCUCCAUCGAAAGUCUGAUUGCCACCCAAACACCUGCCACUGUAUCCGCCUCGGCAUCCGUAUCCGCCUCACCGCCGUCCCCGCCGGAGGAUCACGAGCAGGAGCAAGAGCAGGAGCUAAGUGCCCGGGCCAUGGUCGCCAGCUCGGCCCUGGGCCUCACCCAGUUCCCGCUCUACAAUCCCUGGCUUCACGGCUACUUUGCCCAGAACCACGAGAGAUUAACGCAUUUAAUUGCCGGCGGCGGCUGCUACCUGGGAUCGCCCGUUGGCAACCCCUUUGCCGGCAAGGAGCCAUCGCAUCCUCAUCCACCACCUCCACAUGCCUUGGACAAGUCGCCGCUGCCCCACCCGCUGGACACACGCUUCCUGCCCUUCAAUGCGUCUGCCGCUGCCGCCGCCGCCUCCGCCGCUACUCCGACGGAUCUCAGCUAUCGCCGCCUGGCGGAGCUCAUGAACCAGGAUUACGUCCACAAUCUCAGUGUUAACGCUCGCCUGCAGCACAUGGCCGUCGCGGGUCGCCUGCAGGACGAUCACCCAAGCCACAGCCUGAUGCACCUGCAGGAGCCGAUGCUUUUACAGGCCAAUCCAUUCUCGCCAGCAAAGUCCGUCAGCCACAGCCCUGUGGAACCCACACUAGAUGUGGGCGUGGACGAGGACUACGAGUGCAGCGGCGACUCCAGCAGCGACAUCAGCCUUACUUUAUCACCGAUGCCAAGGAACUCCAACAGAGAGCUGGACAAGAGUCGCAAUGGAGCCUAUACCAAUUCGGAUAGCGAAGACUGCAGCGACGACGAGGGUGCCCACUCGCACCAUGAAGCCAGCGGCCUGGGCGGUAAGGACUCGCAAGGCAACGGCAGUGGCUCCAGCAGCUCCAAGUCGCGUCGACGCCGCACCGCCUUCACGUCGGAGCAGCUGCUGGAGCUGGAGCGGGAGUUCCACGCCAAGAAGUAUCUCAGCCUCACGGAGAGGAGUCAAAUAGCCACAAGUCUGAAACUGAGCGAAGUGCAGGUGAAAAUCUGGUUUCAAAAUCGACGCGCCAAAUGGAAGCGGGUGAAGGCCGGACUCACGUCCCACGGCCUGGGCAGGAACGGGAGUGCGAGCGGCACCAAGAUAGUAGUGCCCAUACCGGUGCACGUGAACCGCUUCGCAGUCCGCUCCCAGCACCAGCAGCUGGAGAAAAUGUGCCUCAGCGGACCCAAACCGGAUCUGCGCAAGAAACUAUCGACGGAAGCGAUGAGCGGCUUCGAAAAGUUCAAUGGCGGCGGCCUGGGCGGCUCCGCCCCCAGCUCCAGCACUGCCUCCGUCGGGGCCGGAAGUGUGGGGAUGGGGCUUGCAUUGGGCAUUGGAGUGACGACCCCCCUAUCCCUGGGCCGCAGUAUCUACUGAUCGGGUUCUGCUUAGGAUGUACAUACACAUAAGAAGGAAAAGAAACGAUGUUCAGUUGUCAUGAAGUUUCUUUUUUUGUAA